AUCGCACUCCUCAGGUAUCAGCCUGUGGUUGUUCAGUCCAGCGCGAUGCCUCGUUUCACGGUCCACGUUCGGGACGAGUGGCUAACCGUUCCAUGUAAAGAUGCCACCUGCUCCAUUAAAUGGUUGGCUUUUGAAGCUCUCAAGCGCUACAUCAAGAACAAACCUGACAAUGGAGGGAUCCAGCACAUCAAAGAUGUGCAUUUUGUGGUCAGAAGAUGUCAGGGAUCGAUCUUGCUGGACAAUGACGAUACCAUAGAAGAUGUGCUUGAGGAUAAUGACUUUGUUGAACUUGCUAUUGAAGGGGACACCAUGUCACAAGAUUUCAUCCCAAGUCAGCCUGCGACGUCACAUCUAACAAGAGCAUACAGAGAGCCAGAACAAUACAUUUCUCUAGACGGGAACAGCCUGACCUCAACUGAUCUUGUGAAUUUAGGGAAAGGCCUGUAUAUGAUUAAGCUGACCCCAGAGGCUGAGCAAAAGGUUGUGCAAUCAAGAGAGCUCCUGGACACAAUUGUGAAGGAAAACAAAGUCGUGUACGGCAUCACCACGGGGUUUGGUAAAUUUGCUCGGACUGUCAUCCCAGUCAGCAAGCUUAAGGAGCUCCAAGAAAAUCUUCUGCGCUCACACUCCUCAGGUCUGGGAAGCCCUUUAAGUCCUGAAAGAACUCGAAUGCUGCUUGCACUGAGGAUCAAUGUUUUGGCCAAAGGGUACAGCGGGGUUUCACCGGAGACCCUGCACAGAAUGAUCCAAGCCUUCAAUGCAUCCUGUUUAUCGUACGUCCCGGAGAAGGGUACAGUAGGUGCGAGCGGAGAUCUUGCCCCUCUUUCUCACCUUGCUCUCGGCCUGAUGGGAGAAGGCAAGAUGUGGUCACCCAAGAGCGGCUGGGCGGACGCCAAAUACGUUUUGGAAGCACAUGGUCUGAAGCCCAUAUCUCUGAAGCCAAAGGAGGGGCUGGCUCUGAUCAAUGGGACUCAGAUGAUCACCUCUUUGGGAGCAGAGGCCGUGGAGAGAGCUGAGGCCAUCGCCCGGCAGGCAGACAUUAUUGCUGCCCUGACCCUGGAAGUCCUCAAGGGGACCACUAAAGCCUUUGAUAGUGAUAUUCAUGAAUUGCGACCUCAUCCAGGACAGAAGGAAGUGGCCCUGCGUUUCCGAUCCCUGUUAGACUCUGAUCACCACCCAUCUGAAAUUGCAGAGAGCCAUCGGUUUUGCGACAGGGUUCAAGAUGCCUACACCAUGCGCUGUUGUCCACAGGUCCACGGAAUUGUCAAUGACACAAUUGAGUUUGUCAAGAAAAUCAUUAAUACAGAAAUCAACAGUGCAACAGAUAAUCCUAUGGUGUUUGCAGAAAGAGGUGAGACCAUAUCUGGUGGAAACUUCCAUGGAGAAUAUCCAGCAAAGGCUCUUGAUUAUUUGGCGAUCGGGGUGCACGAGCUGGCCUCCAUCAGUGAGAGACGUAUCGAACGUCUCUGCAAUCCUUCUCUCAGUGAGCUGCCUGCAUUCCUGGUCAAUGAAGGAGGCCUGAACUCUGGAUUCAUGAUCGCACACUGCACUGCUGCAGCUCUUGUUUCAGAGAACAAAGUGCUUUGCCACCCCUCCUCUAUUGACUCACUGUCCACUAGUGCGGCCACGGAGGACCACGUGUCCAUGGGAGGCUGGGCUGCACGUAAAGCCCUCAGAGUGGUCGAGCACGUCGAGCAAGUGCUAGCUAUCGAGUUGUUAGCUGCCUGUCAGGGUAUUGAGUUUCUACGCCCCCUACGUACAACGACCCCAUUGGAGAAAGUGUAUGAUCUUGUGCGAGCCACAGUAAAGCCCUGGAUUAAAGAUAGAUUCAUGGCUCCAGACAUUGAAGCUGUACAUCGGCUGCUCGUAGACCAAAAGGUGUGGAACAUUGCUGGCCCAUACAUUGAGAAAUACUGUAUGGAAUACAUCCCAGAGUCCCGCCCCUCUUCCCCAACAGCCUUUGCUCUGGACCCACCCCCAUCACCACGGAAACGGGUCAGGCUGGAGUGACAGAGGAUGGCAUCCUGCUGAUACUGUCCUAUUGUCUCACAUUCAAUACAUUAACAUGGAUUUAUAUAGACCAUGUCAAAUGUGUGUCUAUUUCAGCAUAGUUCUUAACUCUUAAAUGU